UGAAUUUUUACCUAUAUUUAUGUUGAUGAAAAUUUUAGAACAAAAGGUGCAAGAAUUGGUGACAAAUCAAAGGAAAUGUACUUGUAAAAAUCCUGCUAGGAAACUAGAUAAAAGUAUACAAAAAGGAUUAAAUUCACCAGAAACUAUUUUAGAUUUCAAAGAACAACAUAACAAAGUAAUUGGGGAUUCUCCUAACGAAAUAAUUAAUGAACAAUAUCAAAAUACACCAAAAAGUUCACCAAAACGUUCUAUUUAUAAUGAAAGAAAUCUUUGUGAAGAAAUAGUUGUUGAAGAAACUGAAAAUAUACAAGAAGAAUUAAAUUUCAGUAAUAAACAUUCCAGUAAUAGCGGAAAAAGGCUUUCUAAAGAAAGAAUUAUUAAAGAAAACCUUUCUCCUAAUGAAAUAAUUGAUGAAGAAAAUCAAAAUACACCAAAAAGACUAAGUUCACCAAAACGUUUCAUUUUUAAUGAAAGAAAUCUUGCUGAAGACACUGAAAAAAUACAAGAAAAAUUAAGUUUUCAUCAUAAACAUUCCAGUAAUAAUGAAAAAAGACUUACUGAUAACAUAAUAAUUGAAGAAACUGAAAAUAUCCAACAAAAUUUACCAAAUCCGUUUGUAAAAACUGAAACGAAGUUUUCAGAUCCAUUUUUAGUAAUAGAAGAAACUGAAAAUCUCGAAGAACAAUUAAAUUUACCAAUACACGAAAAAAGACUUUUUAGUCAAAUUAUUGAUCUAGAUUCAGGAAGUGACUCAAGUUUGGACAUAAUCAAUGAGAGUUGUGUAACAAAUAGUAUUGAAACUAGUCCUGUAUUAAAAAAUAAAAAUAUUAAAAAGAUUAGUAGGCUGAGGAAAAGUUUGAAAUUAGAUAGAAGAUUUAAAAGUGAUGAUACAGGAAUAAAAAUACUCAAAAAUGAUAUGAAUGAAACUAAAAAGAAAGAUAGUCCGCAUAAGUCUAAAAAAGUCAUACAAUCGAAAUUGGACACCAUAUAUAAAACCGAAAAGAUAAAGCCAAAGCCUCUUGAAGCUGUACAAAAAAUUAUACAAAAUAAAGAUAAUAUACAGAAAAAUAAACAAGAAUUAGAAUCAUCGAAGACUGUAAAAAAUUUUGAGAAGUUUGAACGUAUUCAAAAUGAUUUCCUCGAUCCUGAUGAAACUCAACUGGAUCCAUUUGCUCCAACAUUUUAUUGUCCGAAUCCGACAACACCUGUAAAAACUACUAAUGAAGAAAAAGUCAAAUUAUCGCAUGCAAACAAACCAAAAUUAAAUGAUUGUUAUGUAAAUGAAAAUGCAGACGAAAUUAAAAAAGAAAAUUUAGAGGAAGAGAAGCCAAGACAAAAUAUUAGGAAAUUUAGAGACACUAGUUAUGACAGAAUUCCUGAACAUGACGAUGAACCUAAAUUUGCGCAUCGACGAUAUGCAGUUCGAAAAAAGGCAGAUAGAGCCAAAUUAAAAGGACAAACGUGUUAUCAAUGUGAAGCAUUUUUUAAGGCAAUGGGAGGAGAUAGUGAAAAACGGUAUCAAGAUAAUUUAAAUAAAUGUUCGCGUCAUCGCGAUAAUUAUGCUCCGAGUAAUACUCCACCAGGAUUUUGGAAGCCAACAUUUUAACGAAAAAUGUCUUAUCUUAACUGCUUCAAAAUAAAGAAAAUAUUAUUUUCAAUUAGAAUUGAAUAUUUUUGUUCAGUGGAACCAAGACUAUGAUUCCCUAAUAUACGACCGUAACUACGAUUCAUGUAUUUCUUUUUUUACUAUAAUGUUGAGACAAUCAGGGAAAAGUAUCGAAAUUUAGUGAUACAAACCAAUUCGAUCGCCACCUUGAAAAUAAAGUUCACUCAUUUUCCCAACUUUUCUUUAGAAAAUACUGAAUAAUUUUGAUUUUUUUUUUAAAUAACAUAAAAAAAGUGAAAAAGAUUUUAAAAAAUUAUAACGAAUUUAAAACGUUGAUUUUGCG